AAUUCAAAAAACCAACAGAGAGCUGAGAAAUAGACCUUAGCGUCCAUAUAGUUGUCAUUACGGUAGCCCCUAGGACUUCCGCAGUACGACCGUCCAAUCACAGACUAAAUUCAGCAGUGCGUCACACAUUUGUGACGCGAGCUUCUCAGUACCGUAACUCUUGAACCGCUGGGGCAAUUUAAAAAAAGCAAACGUUUUCCGAAAGUAGAGAACAGGAGCUUUCCAAUAGUGUAUGGUUUGAUCAUACACUGUACAUUGCGGUAAAGAUCGCUCGGCGUGUGAAAUACGAUUUCCAGCCAAGGAGAGGAGAAGUCGCUCAGAGCCAGCAAAGGGAGACUGCACGUGCACUCUGUGCAAGAGGAGCACCCCAUGGCAGUGUGAGGUUUGCAAAGUGUGGCUCUGUCUGCAGCUGGAGAGGAUCUGCUUCAGGGAAUAUCACACAACAUAAAAAACGCCUGGCUUUUUAUUUUAAAAAAAGCAAGCAGAAAAAUGGAGAAGCCAAGGGCCAGGACUGACACUUUUUUGUACAUAUGUGAAAUAUUUCAAAGUUCAAAUUGUUCAUGUGAAAUUGUUUGUUCAUGUCAUUUCAGAGUGCUUAUGCUGAAAAUCAUAUUAAAUUGAAAAAUCCAAAGCCGUUUUAUGUUUUUCCCCUUUUAAUUGUUAUUAUAGUAUCAUAAACACACAAUAAUGUUGAAUAACUGCCAGAUACUUAAAGUUGAAGCUAACUAGGAAAAAGGGGCAGAAGCAGUCUCUCAGCACAUUUUUUGACAAUUCUACAGCCAUAAAAUCAAAAUAAAUCCAGGUGGCUUGAAUAUAAUUAUGGUCAUGAGAGGGUGAAUGCAUCUAUCACUAGCCCGUUCCUUUUUGAGCAAGCAACAAGUCUAACGAACAAUGAUAAAGCAAUGAAAUAAAAGCCAUCCUUGGUUUGUCUGAACCAGUCAGACAACACUGCAGUAGAUUUAUUCUAUUUAUGCAGUGACCAAACAUUGACCCUUUUUAAAAAUGUAGUCUAGUGAAUGUGUUGGUGGCCUCUCUGUUCAUGUGACCCACACCUUUGGCUUGCUGUGGUUUUUGUUCAGAGCAAGUUCUGCAAAAUGACACUUCUGUUAGUUGAAGUCAAUGUAGUCUGACACACAAGUGAAGACGUGAAAGGAUUAUUGAAUGUUUAUUUUAUUGAGCUUCAUCAUGACUGGAUACCUGCUGUUAGUCUUCCUCAUGUAUUCAUUUCCUCAGUUGAAAGCACAAGUUGUUCUUCCACCUACACUGACUGUGAAUCCAUCAGUGAUCACAGAAACAGACUCAGUCACACUGAACUGUCAGCCUCCACCAUCUCUUUCUGUGUCUGAGUGUUAUUUCCGCUUUAUAAGAGAACAACCUGCCAUGAUGUCCCCAUGUGUGAAGACUAUGACAGGAGCUGAACUGCUGAAGAUUACCCGUCAGAGUUCACCUGCUGUGGUUAAAAUGACAUGUUUAUACCUUUAUGGGUAUCAAUCUCCUCAGAGUGAGACAUCUUCUCUCAUCAUUCGAACUUCUCUUCCACCCUCACUGACAGUGAAUCCACCUGUGAUCGAUGAGACAGACUCAGUCGCUCUGAACUGUCAGCCUCCAUCAUCUGUUUCUGUGCCCCAGUGUUAUUUCCACACAUUAGGUGGAGGAUCUGGUAGAGUUCGCUCUUGUCUGCAGACUCUGACAGGAAGUGAGCUGCUGAGGAUGUCAUAUCAGAGUUCACCUACAACGAUUAAACUGACCUGUUUUUACACUGAGAAGCUUGGAGAGGAAGAUUCCCCAUCUCCACACAGUGCAGUGUCCUCCAUCACCAUACACCGUCUAACACCAAAACUGAGUCGUCUUUUUGAUGGUGACCUUGUUCUCUUCACUUGCUCUCUACCUGGAUCUUCUGCUUAUGGUACAAAGUGUAACCUGUACUUUGGAGAAGCAAGUCGUCCAGCAAAAACAGCAGAUAUUUUGAGUAAAUCAGCCAAAAAAGAAUCCUUCUGCCAGUUUUUUUUCCCAGUUGCUGGUUUACUGAAUCAACUGCGUUCAGUUAAACAAAGGGAUGCCAGCUGUGAUUAUACAUUAGGAAGUGGAUCCCUCCGUUUAUCUCCUCGCAGUGAUAGAUACAGCAUGAUGGAUCUUGUGGAGGAAGAGUCCAGCGUAACCCAAACAAUGUCUGCAUUUACUAUGACAACAGCAGGUCUGACUGUUAGUCCACCAAGUAACACUGUUCGUGUUGCUUCCACUCUCAAAAUAUCAGCUACACCAUCAGUAACAGAUAUGACGUCUCUGAAUACAGACGCUGAGGAUGGAACAGCAGGUCUGACUGUUAGUCCACCAAGUAACACAGUUCGUGUUGCUUCCACUCUCAAAAUAUCAGCUACACCAUCAGUAACAGAUAUGACAUCUCUGAAUACAGACGCUGAGGAUGGAACAGGUGUAAGUGUAAACAUGCCUGACAGUAAAGACAGCACUGUCUAUGAAACCUCUGAGAAAACAGCUUCAGAAAGGGGGAUAUGGAAGUUCGUAGCAGUGACUGCUGGUUGUGGGGUAACUGUGGGUGUCCUGUUGUUGGUUUCUGCAGUCCUCUGUAACCAAAGAAGAGCUGGUGAGAAUGUAGACUGUUUGUACAGGAAUCUUGUUGGUCACAGAGGAUUGCUCCCUGCAUGUAAAGAUGAAACCUACAGUGUGAUCACAUAUGUAAAGGGAGCUGACAUCCAGGAUCUGAAUAACGAACAAGGGACAGACAAAAAAUGAGCCGACCCACCUCCAUCAGCCCUGAAGGACGUUCAGGAUGUUCCACACCUUGAAGCCACAUAGAAACCCAUUAUUUUUAUGAUGUGCAGAAAAAAAAGAAAGCAUUCAGCCCAAAGAACUUAAUUUAAAACUUGGGAAUAUGACCUUUUUUUCUUCUUUUGAAGUAUUGAUGAGGGAAACUGACAUACUGUAGGUAAUAUAUGUGGUCCACUCUUCUCACAAGUUCUACCCUUCAGUCCUGCUUUAGGUUGGAAAAUGGGAGCAAGGUGACAUAUCUGUAAUCUGGGUUUAUGUGUACAUUUGAUUUGAUCAUGUUUUAUUAUGAAUGGCAUAGUUGCAAAUAAUUCUUUAUGAGCACAAUAACAAAACGUCUGUACCAAAUAAACUGCAGAUAGAUUGUAUUUUUUUUAUCUUCAGCGAGCCCUGGUGCAUUGUUUUAACCAAAAAGGCCAGAAAUCUUAAAUUACAACUGAUGUCAUCAACAGAGAAGGGCAAAGUGAUGAAGCUCAAACAACAUCAGACUGUGGUUGAUAAAAGAAGUUACUAUUUCUGUCCACAGCAGUGGUCAACUAGUCCUCUUAUUGAACCAAGUGUUAGAUUUGUUGUCAACUCAGUAUCCAACUCUCUCAAAGUCAUCUAUUCUGCCAAAGAGGCCUCUCAGGGGGUGAGACGACUGAAUGAGUCCAUUCAUUCACCCUAAUCUAUCCACAUUCAUGCCUUAUCUGUAGUACGUAUCCUUUGGUUUGUAGGAAGGAAGUCCACUGGGUUGUACAACAUUACUGUAAAUACUCUGAUGUUGCUUGUUUCUCUUGAGAAUGCAUUACCUGUGCUUAUCUUUGAAAUAUGAUUGUAUUUGUUUCAACAUCAUGUGCAAAGAUUUGAUUUCUAAAGAUUAGUCUCUCAUUAAACACCUGUUCAUGUAA